AUGCUUGGAGACCUGGGCAUGACCACCGACGACUUCAACCUCGGCAACACCGUCUUCAAGCUUGCGUUCCUCUGUGCCGAGCUGCCGUCUCAACUGGUAUCCAAGUGGGCAGGGCCAGACCGCUGGAUACCAGCACAAAUGGUGCUGUGGAGCAUUGUCGCCAGUAGCCAGUUCUGGCUGGGCGGGAGAGACUCGUUCCUCUUUUGUCGAGCGCUCUUGGGCUUGCUGCAGGGCGGCUUCAUCCCGGAUCACCACGAGCUCUCUCUGCGGCUCGGCUUUUUCUGGACGGCCAUGAGCACCGCAGACAUCCUAUCGGCCCUCUUUGCGUACGGCAUCCUCCACCUGCGUGGUUUCCAGGGGCACGCGGGAUGGAGAUAUCUGUUCCUCAUUGAGGGGCUGUUCACGCUCGUGAUCGGCAUCUUUGGAUUCCUCCUCAUGCCGGCGGGACCCUGCCAGACAGCCAGCUGGUUCCGCGGUAGACGCGGCUGGUUCACCGAAAGCAUGAUGAACGUGCUCUUCGAGCUUGUCGCUGAUGCGAAGCGCAGGGAAGAGACGGUCAUGGUCAGCAGAGUGCUCCGCGAGGAUCCGGGAAAGAGCAGCAUGCACAACCGCGAGCCCAUCACGCCGCGUCUGCUCUGGGACAGCCUCAGGGACUACGGCCUGUGGCCGAUCUACCUCCUCGGCCUGACCUUCCAGAUCCCCAUGACCCCGUCGUCUCAGUACCUGACCCUGACGCUGCGCAACCUGGGCUUCGACACUUUCCAGUCGAACCUGCUGGCCAUCCCGUACACCGUCGGUCAUAUGAUUACCAUGCUCGGGAUUACAUAUCUUGGCGAAAUCAUCGGCGAACUCACAUUCGUUGCCAUGUCGAGUCAGAUUUGGGCGCUACCCAUCUUGAUCUACCUCAACGUUGUGAAUACCGCGGAAGUUAACAGAUGGGUUCUGUACGCCGUCAUCACUCUUCUUCUCAUGUACCCCAAUCCUCAUCCUAUCCAAGUCGGAUGGAACAGCCGCAACUCCAGCACGGUUCGCUCACGGACCGUCUCUGCUGCCUGCUACAACAUGUUCGUGCAGACGAGUGGGAUCAUCUCGUCCAACGUCUAUCGAUCUGACGACGCGCCGCUGUACAAACGCGGCAACCGCUCUCUUCUCGGGGUCGUGUGCAUGAACCUGGUGCUCUAUCCCCUGGUCAAGGCCUACUACGUCUACCGCAACAAGAGACGCGACAGGAUCUGGAACGGCAUGUCGGCGGCCCAGCGGCUUGCGUACCUGGAGACGACCAAAGACGAGGGCAACAAACGGCUGGACUUCCGGUUCAGUCACUGA